CUAAUGAACAACGUAGCACACAGGUGAGUGGGACUAGUAAGAAGGUCUGAGGGCAUCUAGUGGAUGGUUUGUGGUUAGCAGGUCUAGGGAGGGAGAGGAGGGUCCGUGGCCUGGAGUUAGUGAACCUGAGCUGCAGAUCAGCAGAGCGGCACAAAGCGCAAGGCCAGGCAACCAGGACCCUUCUGUCAAGGGACGGGACCCAGAUGCCCCUCCAGGGACCCCGAGGAAGAUAUUGAAGGAGACAUGUGGAGCAAAUGUAUCCAAGCAAGUCUACCAGCAGACUGGGCCUAUAACAUCUGCUUAAGCUGCCUAUACCAGCAUAGUAAGGUCUGGUCCGCGGAAAGCCCGAGAUAAUACAAUAAUACAUAUAGCCAACCUGAGAUUGGUUCCCAAAACCGUGUUGGUUCCUCCACUAACUAUAAAUAUUCUACAUUUUACUGGGAACAAACAGAAAUCUAUUACAGGAGUAAUGUGAUCUCUUUUCUUAGUUGUUGUUAGUAGUGCUGCAGCAUUCCGGAAUUACAGUAUACUGUAAUUAGCUAUUGAACUAAUCACCACCAACACAGUGAAGUAAAUGGAUGGUGUGUAAAUGUGUAAAUGUAUUACUUCUUUUUUGACAGGAUGACUAACGCUGCAUCGAAAUAUAAAGAUAUCAUCUCAAAAAGUUAUGAGAUCAAAAAAGGAUCUCCUACAAUCUACCAGUUGGGACUAACGAAAGAGAACAUUGGAACUCUGAAAAGAAGGAGUCUUGGUGUAAAGAAUCCCAACAAGGUAAACAAAACCAUCUUGCUUGUUGGUGAAACGGGAACAGGAAAGUCUACUCUGGUCAACGCUCUGGUGAACUUCGCCAUGGGAGUGAAGUGGGAGGAUGAUGUCUGGUUUCAGAUCGUAGAGGACGAGAAGAAAGACCAAUCACAGAGUCAGACGUCAGAUGUGGUCGUAUACGAGAUCUUUGGACUUGAGGAUAAAACUCUGCCCCACUCUCUGACCAUCAUCGACACUCCUGGAUUCGGAUGCACAGAAGAGAUUGAACACGAUGAAAUAGUCAGUCAAAGGUUAUUUGACUUGUUCCGCUCAGUGGGUGGAGUUCACGAGAUCAAUGCGGUGGGUCUGGUGCUGAAAGCAACCGAGAAUCGACUGAGUGACCGACUUUCAUACAUACUUAAUUCGGUGUUGUCUCUAUUUGGAAAAGAUCUAGAGCAUAACAUCAUUGCCCUCCUCACACACUCAACUGGAAGGGUUCCUUAUAAUGCUCUGGCUGCCCUCGAUGCUGCAAAGAUUAAGUGUGCCAGAAAUGACAGGAACCAGCCUGUCCACUUCCUGUUUGAUAGCUGCCAAAACGAUCCCAGGACGGAGGACGACACGGGUCUUAAAGAUGCAUAUAACAAAGCUAUGCAUGAAAUGGAGCGGUUCAUAACCCUUCUGCAAAAUUAUGCACCUCAAAAGUUGGAGACAACCGUUGAUGUUCUGAAUGAACGGAUCAGACUGACAGCCUGCAUCCAGAACCUGCAGGAGAGAAUCCAGUGUAUGGAACUCAAACAGAAGGAAAUCCAGCAGACUCAAGAAGCUCUGAAGCAAAAUAAAGAAAGGAUGAAGAAGUCUUUAGAAGUGUCCACUAUAGAAGUUGAUGAGCCAUACAAAGAUAAAGAGCCUAUAGAAAGUGGAAUGCGGUUUUUGUUCUUCUAUGAAGGAGCUGUCACCUGCAAAGUCUGUGAGGAGAACUGUCACUAUCCUGGAUGCACCAUGUCCCACAAUCCUUCACUCUGUGAGGUCAUGAAAGAAGGCCGCUGCACCUCAUGUACCAACAAGUGCCCUGUAGCAGACCACGUUAAAGAAGGCUACAGGUAUGUGACCAAGACCAGAAAGGUUAAAAAAUCUCUGCAAGAUGUGAAAAAGAAAAAUGAAGAAGGGACGACGUCUUUUGAAGGGUUCACUAUAGAAGUUGAUGAGCCAUACAAAGAUAAAGAGCCUAUAAAAAGUGGAAUGUGGGGUUUGUUAUUCUAUGAAGGAGCUGUCACCUGCAAAGUCUGUGAGGAGAACUGUCACUAUCCUGGAUGCACCAUGUCCCACAAGCCUUCACACUGUGAGGUUAUGAAAGGAGGCCGCUGCACCUCAUGUACCAACAAGUGCCCUGUAGCAGACCACGUUAAAGAAGGCUACAGGUAUGUGACCAAGACCAGAAAGGUUAAAAAAACUCUGGAAGAUGUGAAGAAGAAAUAUGAAGAGAAUAAAGCACAGAAUGAGAAGAGCCUGGACAUUUUGGAAAGUCUUGAAAAAGAGAUGGAAACUCUUGAGGCACUCAAAACAAAAACCCUGUAUGAGGCCUACGACCACGUGGUCAGACUGGACCAGAUCGCCCUGAGUGUUGUUUCAGUCUCCACUUACGUCCACCUGGACUUCCUGAUCGAGGAGAUGGAGAAGAAAGGGGACACCAAGAAUGCCCAGAAGCUGAAAGAGAUGUCAGGUAGAAAAAAUAAAAGAGAUAUCGCAGCGAUAAAGUACCUGUAUCGUAAAUAUGUCAGCAGCAAGUAAAAUGAUGAGAGCCACUGACGUCCAGACUGACGAUGCAUCAGACCGGCUCAUACUGGCCGUCAUACAACGUUAAGCGACCCUUUGGACGCCAAUGAAGUGUGACGUUUGUUUGGAUUUUCAUUUUUACGCUAUUCUACAUGUCUCUCCAGUUAAACAAACCUUUUUGAUCACCUUCACGCCCGUCUGAUACCUACACGCACGCUUUCCUGUUUCUUUCCUGAUGAAGCGCCGAAUUUCUUUCCUUCAAAAAGGAAGCACAGAUUUGAUGAAGACGUCCUCCUAGUCUGGACUAUCACUUGGAGACACAAAGCUCCUAAAUAAUAAAAUAAAAUAAAUAUCACCUUUGGGAUGUAAUUGUAGAACAAAUCCGUGUUUUGGGAAUAAUUGUUGGUGCAACCAAACUCGUUUAAAGAAGACAUUUAAAGGUGUGUUCCAUCUUCUGGUUUUUAUGCAGUUUUCACAAAAAGGGGCGUAGCCAUGUGAGCACAAUGUGCACAAAUGUUCUGGAUUCACCUGCCCAUCACCUAUCUGGGUUAGUUUACCAUGAAUAUUGAUGCAAUCUUUGCUGCCGGGCUUCAUCACAGUUACGGCUGUUACGAUAUCAAUAUAUUUGGGUGACAUUUUAGCUUAGUUAGCGUAGUGGGUUCACUGCUUCUCUUCACCUGUCCGUGUCGCUCUGUGUCAGUGGCGUGCUGCAUAAGCCCCGCCCCCUUUCCACUAGGAAAAGGGACAGAGGAUCAACUUAAAUGUUGGUGGCGUUCAUUUAGAUGUAAAAUGAAUAUCGCAGCAGCAAAAAUUAUUGCACGCGAUUUCAGAGAGCGAUAUGUGUUUUUAUCGCAUAUUGAGACGGGCUUAAUCACAGUUUAUAAAA